AUGCCUCCGCUGAUGUACAAAAUUGUUCUAGAAGGCCACAGCGGAGUUAAUCAAUUAGGCGGAGUUUUUGUCAACGGACGACCAUUACCCGAAAAAGUUCGCUAUCGAAUUGUAGAAAUGGCCCGACAAGGUGCUAGACCAUGCGAAAUUUCACGUAAAUUACAAGUCUCAAAUGGAUGCGUCUCGAAAAUCCUCGGGCGAUUCUAUGAAACUGGUUCUGUCAAGCCGAGAGCCAUCGGUGGUUCGAAGCCACGUGUAGCAACACCAGAUGUGGUCACUCGAAUUGCACAAAUAAAAGCACAAAACCCUUCGAUAUUUGCUUGGGAAAUACGCGAACAACUCCUCAAUGAAUCGAUUUGCACUCACGACAAUCUACCUAGUGUUUCAUCAAUUAAUCGCGUUAUACGUAACAUUUCAUCACCUAAAUCAAUCGCAAACUUGUCGUAUCCAACACGAGAUUUUCCCUACAAUAAUUUGUUAAAUUCUCAAACGACAUCAACAAUCUGGCCAGCUUUACGAGGAGCUGAUCCAUCACAUUCAUGGCCUUAUCUUCAUCCGACAACAGCAAACACACACAAAACAAAUACAAACAAUUUACCCGAAGAACCGAAAAACGAUUCUCUGAAUGAAAGUACCAACAGUGACGACGUUGAUGAACAUAGUAACAGCAGCGACCAUGAUUCGAAAAGCUCAGUGAAGCAACGAAUCCAACGAAAUCGAACUGCGUUUACCGAGGAACAGAUUCUCGCUCUCGAACAAGAAUUCGAACACACGCAUUAUCCCGAUGUGUAUACACGCGAACGAUUGGGCAAAGCAAUCGAUUUGCAAGAAAACCGGAUACAAGUUUGGUUUUCUAAUCGACGUGCAAAGUGGCGUCGCGAAGAGAAAGUUCGCGAUCAAAAACGUGCAAGUACUACGAACGAUUCAUCACUAAGCAAUCCAAAUACUCAAACGAUGGUUUCAUCAGAUUAUAACACAGAGCCAAACAAUUCUCAAUACUAUUUUCCAACGGAUAGUGGACAAAACUUUCCGACACAGUCCCUGAAUUAUUCAUAUCCAUUUCCGACGGUUAAUUCUUAUGAAAACUUUCCAUUUUCGCAAAUACCACCGCCCCCUUCAUAUUAUCCAUCAGAUAGUACUUCUUUCUCUUCAAAUGCAUCAACUUUUCGUCAAUCAACAAUGCCUUCAUCAACCUUCUGGAGUCAAUUUUGA